CCUGCUUCCGAACAAUCUGUACAUCUGACAUUCGCGGAAAACGGACUAUCAAAAUUAUUCUCAUUCAAUUCUCUCCCGGGUUGGUUAGUUCAUCUUCCAGCUGAGAAGGCUGAAGAUUUCCGAUUGUUCCGACCGUUGGUGUUUGCUGUCGGUGGUGCUUUAAACAACCAUAACACACGCAUCCUUCUAUUUGCCGUUCGCGUAUUACCAGUGUAGUGUGCAACGAUGGUGCAGUAUUCCCGUUUGCUGAACGUACAGGCCCGUAAGGUUGCCCGGUACGCCGUUGAUGCACAGCAGCGCCAGUUCCACGCGUCGUGUGCCGCUGCCUCCAAGGUCGCACUAUCCAAAUUCGACCAGAAUGUGUACCUGCCGUACGAGAAGCUGCAGAAGAACCUGGAGGUGGUGAAGAAGCGUCUCGGACGCCCGCUAACCCUCAGCGAGAAGGUGCUGUACUCGCAUCUGGAUGAUCCGGCCAACCAGGACAUUCAGCGUGGUGUUUCUUAUCUGAGACUGCGACCGGAUCGUGUGGCGAUGCAGGAUGCUACCGCACAGAUGGCUAUGCUGCAGUUCAUCUCUUCCGGGCUGAAGAAGGUCGCCGUCCCAUCCACCAUCCACUGUGAUCAUUUGAUUGAGGCACAGAUCGGCGGUGAGAAGGAUUUGGCCCGCGCGAAGGACAUUAACGCGGAAGUGUACAAGUUCCUGUCGACGGCCGGUGCCAAGUAUGGCGUUGGUUUCUGGAAGCCAGGCUCGGGUAUCAUCCAUCAGAUCAUUCUGGAGAACUACGCUUUCCCGGGUCUGUUGAUGAUCGGUACUGAUUCGCAUACACCGAACGGUGGCGGUCUGGGUGGACUGUGUAUUGGUGUCGGUGGUGCUGACGCCGUCGAUGUAAUGGCGAAUAUCCCGUGGGAGUUGAAGUGCCCGAACGUGAUCGGUGUCCAUCUGUCCGGCAAGAUUAGCGGUUGGACGUCACCGAAGGACGUAAUUCUGAAGGUGGCCGACAUUCUGACGGUGAAGGGCGGUACUGGUGCGAUCGUCGAGUACUUGGGCAAGGGUGUGGAUUCGAUCUCCUGCACCGGAAUGGCGACGAUCUGUAAUAUGGGUGCGGAAAUUGGUGCCACCACCUCGGUCUUCCCCUUCAACAAGCGUAUGGCCGAUUAUUUGGCAUCGACUGGCCGUUCGGCCAUUGCUGCAGAAGCCGGCAAGUACCAGGCAAGCGUGUUGACUGCUGACUCCGGUGCUAAGUACGAUCAGGUGAUCGAGAUCAACCUGGACAAGCUGGAACCGCAUAUUAAUGGACCCUUCACACCGGAUCUGGCCCACCCGAUUAGCAAGCUGGGAGCGAACGCGAAGAAGAACGGAUAUCCGAUGGACAUUCGCGUCGGUUUGAUUGGUUCGUGCACAAACUCGUCGUACGAGGAUAUGGGUCGUUGUGCUUCGAUCGCUAAGAAUGCCAUGAAGCACGGGCUGAAGUCGAAAAUUCCGUUCAAUGUGACGCCCGGAUCGGAACAGAUCCGUGCUACGAUCGAGCGGGAUGGUAUUGCGAAGACGUUCAAGGAGUUCGGUGGUACCGUGCUGGCAAACGCUUGCGGACCCUGCAUCGGCCAGUGGGAUCGUAAGGACGUGAAGAAGGGCGAGAAGAACACGAUCGUGACGUCGUACAACCGUAACUUCACCGGUCGUAAUGAUGCCAAUCCGGCUACGCAUUGCUUCGUCACGAGCCCUGAACUGGUGACGGCCCUUUCGAUUGCUGGUACGUUGAACUUUAACCCACUGACCGAUGAACUUACCGGCGCUGAUGGCAAGAAGUUCAAGCUGGAGUCUCCGUUCGGUGAUGAGCUCCCGCAGAAGGGAUUCGACCCUGGCAUGGACACCUACGAAGCACCACCCUCGGAUGGUUCCAGCGUGAAGGUCGAUGUGGAUCCGAAGAGCCAGCGUCUUCAGCUGCUCGAACCGUUCGAUGUAUGGAACGGUAAGGAUAUGUCUGAUAUGACCGUGCUGAUUAAGGUUAAGGGCAAGUGUACCACCGACCACAUCUCGGCUGCCGGUCCGUGGCUGAAGUACCGUGGCCAUUUAGAUAACAUCUCGAACAACAUGUUCAUUGGUGCCACUAAUAUCGAAAACAACGAAAUGAACAAAAUCAAGAACCAGGUGAAUGGCGAAUGGGCUGGUGUACCGGAUGUUGCCCGUUUCUACAAGGCCAAGGGUAUUAACUGGGUUGCCGUCGGUGACGAAAACUACGGCGAGGGUUCAUCUCGCGAGCAUGCCGCACUGGAACCGCGCCAUUUGGGUGGCCGUGCCAUCAUUACCAAGUCAUUCGCCCGUAUUCACGAAACGAACCUCAAGAAGCAGGGCCUGCUGCCGCUGACCUUUGCUAACCCCGCCGAUUACGAUAAGGUCCAACCGCAUUCGAAGAUCUCGAUCCUGGGCCUUAACAACUUUGCGCCAGGCAAGCAGCUGGACUGUGAGAUCAAGACCGACGGUAAGGUAGACAAGAUUAAGCUGAACCACUCGUUCAACGAACAGCAGAUCGAAUGGUUCAAGGCGGGUAGCGCUCUGAACCGCAUGAAGCAAAUUGCGGCCAAUAAGUAAGGUGUAAACACGAGACUACCCACUAUCUCCCUCAGUCCUUAUCUCCAUACCAAAAUCCAUUAAUCACCAUCUCUAGAACGGUGGACAAGUCGUGACAACUAUUAUUUGGCCUAAAGGGGCGUCUACGAAUCAAUUGCACCGCAAGAGAGGUUAAUUUUGAUUCGUAGCUUCUAACUGCAGGUCAUUUUAUGUGUGUUAUUGUUUAUGAAUCAAUGAAACCAUGUUUAGUCGCGCAGCAAUCUGUUGCCAGUGUUGUAAAUAGAGCAAAUUAUGAUCCCGCCCCGGAGCGACUCCACUUCGGACGUGCUCCCAUAUCUGCUACUUAUGUUCGAUCCGUAACUAGAUAUCCGAUUGCUCCGUCAAUUGGUUUGGUAGAGAUAAUUACCUCAACAAGAAGUUUAGAAACUUACAACAAAUUACCUAAGAUCCCGGGAAGAAAAACGACGGUUCGUUCACACUUAAGGCUACGUACUAUCGUGCACUACAAUGAAUGCAAAUCUUAACGUUUAGAAGACAGUGCACGAACUGCGAUCGUUAUUAGCAUGUAUCUCUUAAACUUACUAGAUGAUGAGGAAGAAUAAAUUUUUCUCCAGUUUUA